AUGUCAGCGGAAUCUGGUAGCGCCAAGGCACACCCGAAGGCCUUGAUCUCAGAAGAUUACUUGGACUUUCCCUCUCAAAGAUGGUAUUAUCUUGGCUUUGGUGUUCUUUUACAGGCCUGCAAAACUGUGGAUGUAAUAUCAUCUUUUGUCUCACUGGAUAACAGCAAAUAUCUCUGUCGAAAGUGGCUUUUAUUCGAUACUUUGUACUGCAUCAUCCUUGCUUUCCUACGAAUACCACGACUUAACUACAGUAAAGCUGUCGUCGCCCUUCAAAUUCUAUGUCUGUGGCUGUUUGAUGGGCUGGUCUUUGGUGGGAUAAGAGUCAAUGUGUGGGGUGAUAGAAAUCUUGUGACGACGAGUCAACAAGAUAUUGCGUAUACCCCCGAAGCGUCCAGCUUCGUGGACGUUCUGGCUUCGUUCACAUUCGGGCUUUUCUCUCCACAAGUGGCACAGAAUGAUGCACAUCUUCUCGGUCAACAUACUGUGCGGAUGUCUCCAAUAAGUACCGCACAAUUGAACCCUUAUGGGGAAAUAUAUUGUCUUCCGUCAUCUGGGAACGCAGUCCUUGUCCCAGUGCUUCUCAAUAACACGAAUCCUGUCGCGCUCAAAUAUUCUAUUACACCUCUUGGGUUUGGUCCGGGCCAACCAGAGUUCCUCGACUUAUCAGGAAAGGAGCUGCGUGCAAUCGAGCAGGCGCGUGUAGAAGCACUUCAACUGACGCGUCCCGUAUCACAAGAUGAAACGGACGAAUAUGACGAAUACGACGAUGAUCCAAUCCCAAAACAUUCCCCAUCCCUCCAACGAACACAAACGCUGGUACACAUACGCCUCUCUAAACCAGGCAUUCUCCGGCUAGAACGUGUAUUCGACACCUCGAGCACUGAGGCUCGGUUGGUCAUUCCCUCGGAUUUGACCGUAGUGCCAUGUCCUCAGGCAGGAUUUACGCCUGAUAAGCAAGCAGAAAACAAUAUUCGUUGCGCUGGACAAGAAAACGACGUACAGCUCAUGAUGGACAUCAACGGGGUUCCCCCCCUCAGGCUCAGGUGGUCCAAAACUGUUAAUGGAAAACGAGAGGCUUUCUUGGUGGAGGGAAUAGAAGGCGGACGUCACUCGAAAUCAUCUCCGUCCUCUGAUCCUUCUUCCCAGAUUGUCAGUAUCAGCGCUGACUCAACGAAAUGGACUCCUGCGCCUGAAAAGCUCCAAGUCCCUCUUGCUAUCUCGCUUGAUAUACCUGGAAGUCAUAUCUAUGCUUUGGAGGAAGUCAUGGAUGCCACGGGAAAUACAAUGCUUAUAGAUGGAAACACGCCUGACAAUCUUGCAAACCAUCGUGCCAUGAGAUCUUUUACUGUGCUGCGACGUCCAGCGAUUUCAUUCAAGCACUGUAGCCCGGAACAUCCUGUUUCUUUAGCUAUCGGCUCAGAGGCAGCUUUAACAGUCUCUACGAUUGAUGCGGAUCCCGUCGAUGCGCCUUGGGAGGUAUCAAUCAAAUACCAACCUCCCUCUGGUGAUAAAAGUAGCAAACGUUUCAAACCUUGGUGUAAGACCCUUUCAACCCAGGGAAGUCGAAGGGACCUCACCAUAGGUGUAACUGCCCCAGGUGAGUAUAUGAUAGCUGGUGUCAAGGGCAAAUGGUGUGCGGGUGAUGUCCUGGCUCCAGAAUCGUGCAACGUCGUCGAGAAACCUAUUCCGACCGCUGAAAUUCAAUGGACGAAGAUUCAUGAAUGUUCUGGUGAUACUGGGGUUUCUGCUACGCUUGUCCUUCAUGGCACUCCGCCCUUCCAUGUAUACUACACAGUGCAGAAAGAUUCCGAAGUGCCGAAAGAGAUGUCGAAAACUUUUGCGUCCUCCAGAGGGCAGUUCACGUUGCAACCGGAGCAAAGUGGUCACUAUAUUUUCACCUUCACCAAGAUCAGCGAUGCAAACUAUCAGAGGGUCGAAUUCGACGGACCCAGUAUCAACCAGAUCAUUCAUCCCCCUGCGUCUGCCGACUUUAUAGGUAUUCCAAAGGGCCCUGGGCGAAAGAAGGCCAUAAAUAGUUGUGAGGGCAGAUUGGUAGACGUGGAAGUUGAACUACGAGGCUCUCCUCCUUGGAGCUUGGAACUCCAGCUCGUCGGACCUCAAAGCUCAGAGAUACUCACGAUCUCGAAUAUCACCUUGAAUCGAAAGACGAUACAGAUACCCAUACCUGAGGCAGUGGAUCAAGAAGGGGGCGCUUUUGAAAUUGACUUGAUCAGUGUCGAGGACAAGUCCAGAUGCAAGCUUCCCAUCUCAGUCCCCGGGGUUUCUGUCAAUGUCAGGAGGUUGAAACCUACUGUCAAGUUCUACGGUGUCAAUGGUAAACGUCAAGUCACCGUACUUGAGCGAGAGCGAGCUGGCCUUCCCCUGCGACUGACCGGCGAGAGUCCAUGGCGCAUGAAAUAUCACCGCGUGGGCGACGAUGGAGUGACUUCGUUGACGUUGAAAACUCCGAACGACGUUGUGUAUGUUUCUGAGAAAGGAUUAUAUGAGAUCCUGGAGAUAUCUGAUGCGCAGUGCCCUGGAUCUGUCAUUGGUGAUGCCUCGGAUUAUCGUGUAGAUUGGGUUCCGAGACCCACCGCGAAGUUAUCUGAACAUACACCUGCAACUUAUGAACCUCUCAACGGCUCUUAUAUCCUCCCCCCUCUUUGCGAAGGUAUGGAUGACCACGUUGACCUUGAUCUCACUGGUCGGCCUCCAUUCCAAAUCAUGUACAACAUCGCACAGGGCAAUGACCAAGGAGGCACAAGGUUAAUCGAUCAACCUAUAUUCAACAGUAUUCAACCUCGUACCCGGUUCCAGCUGCACACAUCUGAUCCUGGUCGGGUGUACUAUGAAGUGAAACAGAUUGGUGAUGGAGCCUACCCACUCGAGAAUCAUAAAAACACACCAAUACCUCGUUACGAGCGACUCUUGUUCGAACAGCAGGUUUCUCUACGGCCUACUGCUCGUUUCAAAAACCGCAACAGGUUGUCCUACUGCUUAUAUGAUUUAUUCACUCCACUUGACAGGCUGUCUUCGGAUGGUCUCGUAGUACUCGAAGGCACGCCUCCCUUCCAACUCGAACUUUCGAUUAAAAACUUGGCUACUAGCCACGUUGAUCAACAGAUGAUUGAAGUGCACGAUCAUUCUUGGAAACUCAGUCUACAAACCUACCAAUUUACCUCAGUAGGACCUCAUCUUGUCGUCAUUCAAUCUGUCGCAGAUGCCUCCCAUUGUGCACAUGCUGCCUUGGAUCCGUUGGCCACUUCAGUCUGGGUAGACGUAGCAGAAGCUGCCGCGAUAGUACCUGUAGACCGUCGAGAAGACUUUUGUGUUGGCGAAGCGGCGCAAUUUCAACUCGAAGGGACUCCACCGUGGUCAAUUGGAUACCGAAUCAAUGGCAAGGCGUAUACACAAGAAGCUAAAGUGUCGCCCUUUUCACUACUUCAGCAACAGGCUGGAGAGUUCACUGUGACUUCCGUCGCUCACCAACAAAAGAUGUGCAAAGCAUCAAUCACAGAUCUGAGGUUCUCCGUUCAUCCUUUACCUUCUGCACAAGUCGGUCACGGAAAGAGAAUCUAUCAAGAUAUUCACGAGGGUGAUCAAGCUGAAAUUGUCUUUACACUCGUCGGGGAACCUCCGUUCACGUUCACAUAUCAGCGAUUGGAGCUGACUACCGGUAGGGGCAAGCCAGGCAAAGUGUUGGAGACGCACACGGUUUCUCGAAUAUACUCGAACGAGUACUCGAUAUUCUCCGCCUUAGAGGGGACGUGGACGGUCACAUCAAUAUCAGAUCGUUACUGCCGCUAUCCACCCACACAGCCUGAUCUCGGCACUCAAAAAAACUAG